ACAGAGCAGCAUUCACAAGUCAAACUCUCUCUCAUGUCAACGUUUCAUUUCGUCUCCCAGAAGGUCUCCAAAUAUCAGACUUUAUGUAUCAGACCAUCGAGAUAUACAGCUUGGGCUCCUUCCUUGUGGACACACACCUUUGAGGAGCUCUUCUGUGGGGAUAAUGCGCUGGACUAUGGAGAGCCAUGGUCGCUCACCUUCAGCUACAAACAGACAGACAAAUUAUCCAAGAAGGAAAAUAGGAGAGGCUGGAAGGUCUUCUCCCACUGCGCUUAUGGAAAUUUUCAGUGUGCAUCCUGCAGGAGGAUCUGGCCUUCGGUGCGUGUGGUGCUUUUGUUCCGUUAUCGGCUGAGAGGCGGUAAGGGGGCGGUGACCAUGCGGCCUUUUGGACAAGCCUGCCGGCGAUGCCAAGACGAUAAUUUUCAUCUCCCCGGUUUUUACAAGGAAGAGGCGAAAGAGGCUCUGCUCAGAUUGUUUUCUGAAAUCCGGAAGAACUGCUAUGGAGAGGAGGAUAAGAAUGAAGAAGGUGACUCAGGCGCUACGAGACGGAGGUCCAAACCCCACGAAAAAACCCUGUGUGAGGCCUGUUGUUUUGGCUUGUGCUGUCAGGAUGAUAAAAAUGAUAAGUAGUGUGUGUGUGUGUGUGUGUGUGUGUGUGUGUG